AUGGCGCAAAGCACCCGGGGCAAAUUUACUGUGGCGAAAGUGGCCAAGCUUGUGAAGGCCAACCGAUGGAGUCUGCAGAAUGUGAAGAAAUCUCCUCCGCCAAAACGGAGGCUUCGCUCAUCGAAAGGCGAUUUGGUGGAGUUCGUGAAGGGUUUCAACAGUCUGGGUAAGGUGGAGCAGGAUGCUUUUGCUACCUGCCUGAGUCUGAAGAGGUUUGUGAUGCCCAACAAGAAACGUUCAGAAUGCGCUAUUUCCUCCACACUAGAUGACCUGGAGCUCAAUGGCCAAAACCAUGACAAUGACCAAGAUGAUCUUGCGUUGCCGGGAGAAACUUUAGACGAGGAUGAGCAAUUACGAUUGGAAAUCAACGUAGAUCGCGUUUCCUUCCUCCUGGGAAUCUAUCCGAUCUCUAUCGUCAUUAUUGACAUCGUGAAGCGCUUCUCACAUAUUCGUGAUUACAAAGAGCAUUUAACGGCAGUGGCGCUAGAUCGUGAUUUGGUAUUGUCCAGGGCCAUCGACGAUGUGAUGCAGUUCUGCGAGAGCAAUUCCUUCACGUUCGGGAACUUGAGGGUGCACAUGCACGGCGGUCUCUUGGUCACUUCGGAAGGUGGAGAAUUCAGGGCCAGCGACCAGAGGUCAGCUCCUUUGUCCCUGAAGAAUGCCAUCAAGAUGGCAACAAGAUCUAUGAAACGGGCGGAUAAAGAUGAACCGUCAGAUUCACUUACAUUGGCAGCUGCUGUGAAGUUGUCAAAGAUAAAGGCUCCUCAGCCAGCUUCGAAGACGACGGUCGAGCCAGUGGCAAAGACCUCGGGCCGGAAAGUGUAUGGGAGUGACUUCCCUCCUGCCGAGUCAACAGCAGGGGUUCAUGAAAGCAGCGCAACGACGCUGGUCAACCUGCUAUGUUGUGAGCAGAAUGAGAAAUCUCUCCUGGAGUCUAACUACUACUUUCAGUGGGGUGGGCUGUGUGGAGCUUGCCGCGAAGAGUGUUUCUUGGCAGACUGGCGAACCAAGGUUGAAUCCGCCGCCAAGGACCUGCUGCGCCACAACCGCGAAGGCGAAAGAGCAGAAGAGAUUGGGGUAGCAAUUGGUUCGACAAUGUACUUGCCUGGCGUGGCCAAGGGAAGAAACUGCUAUCCAGUGCGCUUUGCUCGACCCACAACAGAUGCUGCCCCUUGCCAACUGGGAAUCCUGACGGACGCCGCCGCCUUCCAGUCGCACAUGGUGUGGUAUGACAUGAGGCUGAAGAAUCAGGAGGACAUCAUUUUUUUCGAAAAUACGCCUGGCUAUGACAUGAAAAUCAUUGAGGUUGGUACCUGUCUGUUUUUCGGCAAAGGCAAACUGUACGACAUCCAGUACAUUCGGUUCUGCGCUCGCAAUCUGGGCUAUGCGGCGGCCAGAGGCCGGCUUUAUGCAGUCCUCACAAGGCGUGGUAAAGUUGAAUGGCUUACAACCAAAUCUUUGGGCAACUUGGUCCGAACUUUCUUUGCGCGGCCAGUCAUGACAGCUGCACGCCUACAAGCUGAAAGCUACUACUACCAAGACCUUCCAGCUGACAAGCUCACAAAGUCUCAGCAGGUCACCAAAAGAAAGUAUGACCAGAUGUUUGGAAAGAAGAAGCAGGUGGAGCUGGACAGGCAAUUCGAGACUAUGCCACCGAACGAAAGGUCCUACAAUGUGGAGGAGGACCAGCACCCAUGCCAGCUAGUCAACGAACACUUUGGAGCAAAGGCCAACCCGACCAUCGUGACCUGUGUCAACCAUUGGUUGAAGAAUAUGGGCCACCCUGAGGUCAUGGUGGACAAAUGGAGCUUUCCGGGCGAAGGCGAUCCUCAAUCAAUUCCGUUCUUGAGCCUCUAUCUUCCCCUGCCUGUGGAAAAGGCUCCGCCCUUUGUCACUUGGAGCAAAUUCUCUCAGUCUAUCUGGUCGGAAUGGGAAAACAACAGAGAACCGCUUGAGAUCCGGGCUACUUCGUCCAUGAAGCCCGGUGACAAGUUGGAGCCCUUCAGCGUUCCAGUGCGCAGAGGGUAUUCAAGGGCCACGAUAAUUGGGUUUGCAAUCUGUCAGACGCUUCUCGUCGAAGAUGUUACCCAGUUCAGUGAUGAUGAGAAGCAGCAGUUCACAAGGUGGUUGCUCAGCGUGCUGGAGCUGAAGGUGAUUUACGUGGAUAGGAUGCACUUUAUCAUCUUCAAAAUGAUGAGUUCCUUACCCAAGGACCACCCGGAGCGCUACAAUGACAACAAGGUCAUGGCAAUGGACGAUGCCUUCAAGGAGUUCAACUGCUUUGGAUUGGCCGCCCAGUCUGACAGCUACAAGCUGCACGAGAAGGACACGGCUGCUAUGAAGGAAGGCCGACACCUGAUGGCCAGGCAUCUCCAGCAGUACACUUGGUCGGAGUGUUCGUACACUUUGGAGAAUGUCAAGUGCCCAAGAUGGCACCUAGGCUUUGUGCCCAAGGGAGUCACAGGAAUCUGGGCAGACAUUCUGCAAGUUUCGAAAACGAAACAGAUUUUCUUUCUCCAGCGCCUCCACUUCGGCUUCUUGAUCAAACGAAAGCAGGUCCGAUCCGCCACGCGUGCGAGGCUGAACGCCGAAGGAUGGGAGGCUCUCAUGGAUUCGACUUGCAUUUUGAUGUGGGCCAUCGAGCAGAUGAAGACCGCCCGGGGGGAGGAUGGUCUGGAGCUUUUCUCCCCAGACGCGAUCAGGGCAGCAAUGCAGAAAGCAUUGGAGGGGGACUACAACCCAGAGGCGGAGAAGACCAACCUCCUGAGGAUGGAGAACAUCAAGCCAUCAGACCUGGGAAUUUGGAUGGACCAUGCGAAGAUGGCUUCCAAGCAGGAGUCUAUGAAGAUGGCCAACCAAACCAUCGAGAAGUUGGACAUGGAAUCCAUUCAAAAAACCUUCGAGGGCGACAUGUACAAGAUUGCUCACGACACUUCCUGUUUCGCCAAGUAUGUGGAGGAUGUUGGGCAGUGCAAGCGGGCUGCCCAGCUGGCUAGAAUCUACCACGUUCGCGCCGAAAACCAGCGCGGCUCGCGUGCGGUUCUUGAGAACCUCGAAUGGCACCACAAGCACGAGGUAGGAUUGCUCACCGACAAUGAUGUUCUGGAGAUGAUCAAGAAGGUAGGCGGCGGAAUUCGAGGUGAAGUUCGGCGACUGGAGGACAAACUAGAUGCAAAAUUCCUCAAGAACUUUGCAGUGAAUGUCAAGAUGGCAGAGCCCCCGCACUCCGGCAAGAAGGCAGCGCUCCUGUACCCGGCCAUUCUUUGUUGGCCAGAUGGUGCCUCCAGCAUCUUUGAGGAUUCCAAGCUGGUCAGUGACAGGUGCAAUCGUGUUCCGGUAGAGUGGAUUUCGGAAAGGGACUUCAAAGUUCCCACGCGAGCCAAGAAUGGACUCCCCUCAACCCGAGAAGACUUGGAAAGGUCCCACUCAGAAGCCCAGGAAGCAGCUCAACAUCUAGGAGGUGUGCACAUGCCACAGACAGUGCUGCAGUCGCUGCUGCAGGAUGUUGAUGGCAUCACGGCCAACUCCAAAGUGUGCAUUGUCAACUUGACUCCAUACGACGGUGCGUUGGAGAAGGCUGCUUUGAAAUCCCCGACUGAGCGCGGACCCAGGAUGCCGAGCCUGUCUGUGGGCGAGGAGCACCUCGUGGUCAAGUACAGCGAGCGCAUGCUUGCACAGUUCUUGAUGGAGGACUGGCGAGCGGGAAGGAACCUCAUCAAUGCAACCCCCUUCAAGCCAGAGCCUGCAAAUGAUUCCUCGGAGAGCCCAUCCGAACCUGGUUUCCACUUUGCAGUCCUAUCCCGCACUGAGUCUGGGGCUGCGCAGCUCAACAUGCCGGAGGCCAUCCGGUCGAAGUGGGCUGACGAUCCUGCCCGACGAGAUCAGUGGAAGAAAGCUUUGGAUGCCUUUGAUCAGGAUCCGGGGUCUCAGUCUUCGGGCCAGGGCAUGGAGGUUGAUGCUUGGGCGGGGGAGCCGCAAACCCUCGACGAGCUGAACAACAGAUAUGACAAUGUCAUGUCUUGCCCAGGACGCAAUGCUGCAUCUCUGGAGUUGCGGAUUGUCCCAGCAAUCGAGAAGGGCAAGUCUGAAGCAAGCGAGAUUGCUACGGGCCAGCAGCAUAAGCUGUUCAUGGCAUCUCGACCAACAAGGGUAGCCCUUGCGGAUAUCACCUUGGACCCGAACGAGUUCCAGAUUGCGCAUGACAGAGCCGCCUUCUUGGCGGGGGCAAAGGUCCAGAAACUCCUCGAGACGGGUUGCACCAGAACCCCUCUGACCCAACCCGAGAAGAAGAGCUCAGCCUCUUCCUCCACGUCGGAGAAGUCGAAGGCGAACAGCCUGCCAUACCGGAAGGCCAGCACAACAUCCCUAGGUGAAACUCCUAAGAAAAAGGAUGGCAUGCCGCGAAUGAAGUCCCUACCCUUUGACUUGGCCACGCCAAACUCUGCUGCUGACCCCGAGCCCGAAGACAGCCAGAUGCAGAACGAAAUCGACUCAGUGUCCAGGUGCUUGGAGCGUGACUUGAGGAUGAGCCCGGAAAUCAAGAAGCCAAAGCACGGCAAAGGCCAGCGCAAAGGAAAUGGUAAGGGCGGAGGCAAGACUACAAGUAAAGAUGAGGACAAGGAGCAGGAGGAUGAAGUCUCUGAGAACUCAGAGGAACUUUGCGAAAGGCUCUUCGAAGAGGCAGACAAGAAGUACGCCGAGGACCAGGAGGAUGAGGAUUUGAAGAGUGAGGAUCCCAUCGACAGUGAUGAAGAGAUCAACAAGCCCAAGCCCGAGAAGCAGAGCAAUCCCAAGCCAGCCCCAAAGAAGGCGGUAGCCGGCUCGCCUUCGAAGAACACCUUGUCCAGCAUGGUCAAAGGCCUUGUGGGGCGGGAUGCGGUGGCAAGCAAGAAGGCGAAAGCGGCUGCAAAGCCCAAGAGGAAGCCGGGUCGACCCCGAAAGAGUGAUGAUACCAAGGGUGCAAAGGGUUCCAAGGGCUCAAAGGCUACAAAGGCUACAAAGGAUGCAGAUGAGCAGGGUGAGAUCACGAAGAAGAGGCCCCACACGGCCCUCAUGAAGGAGUGGCAGAAGUUCCGCAAGGAGUAUGUGACGAAGCACAGCGGCCAAAGAAAGGUGCAGGAGCUCAACAAAGAGGCUGCUGAGGAGCUUUUCGGUGUUCUCAAGGAAGCCACGAAUCUCGAGUGCAAGUGGAGAUCCAUGGAUGCUCCUGUCGUUUUGGAAGUGAUGGAGGGCGGCUCCAGGAGAUUGCGGGAUGCCCCGCUGUCUACCAUCAUGCAGCUUACAGUUGAGAUGGAGAACAAUGGAAUCGUGGACUUGACGUACAACAGUGAUCCCUUCUCCAUUACUCCGGAUGAUUCCUCCCUUCCGCUGGUGUUCAAGUAUACCAAGCUGACGAAGCCCGAGAAUUUCAAGUUCACCAGCGCCGCAUCCUAUUUUGAUAACAAGGAGCUCAUGGAAAGCAAGAAUCUCAAGACAGCCUGGAGGGUGUCGUUCUCGCCGGAUGAGGAGGAGUACCAGUGGCCUUUGCAAACCUUGAACUUUUAA